AUGUUGGCCUUUCUGGCAGAGGUCUCGGCUCCCGUUCCCCCUUUUUUACCUAUUCCGAGGGGACUAGCGCUGUAUUCUUUGAUUCAGGAUCAGGUAGUCAUUCCUUUUUAUCGUGCAAGUGUGCAACUAUGUCGCACUCUCAGUGAAAACAAAAGCCAUGAUAAUAUGGGUUUCAGAGAUAUCCAGCAGGCUUUGUAUGAGCUUGCAUACCACGUUGUCAGAGGAAACUUAAAGCACGACCAAGCUUCUAACGUUCUUGGUGAUGUCAUAGAAUUUCGGGAAGACAUGCCUUCCAUCCUAGCUGAUGUAUUCUGCAUAUUAGAUAUUGAAACAAGUUGUUUAGAAGAAAAAAGUAAGAGGGAUCAUUUUACCCAACUGGUAUUAGCCUGUUUGUACCUUGUGUCUGACACUGUCCUAAAGGAGCGCUUAGAUCCAGAGACACUGGAGUCGUUAGGACUUAUCAAGCAGUCUCAACAGUUCAAUCAGAAAUCUGUUAAAAUAAAGACAAAACUAUUUUAUAAGCAACAGAAGUUUAACUUGUUAAGAGAGGAGAAUGAAGGUUAUGCAAAGCUCAUUGCGGAACUGGGUCAAGACUUAUCUGGAAAUAUCACUAGUGACCUAAUCCUUGAAAAUAUCAAAUCUUUAAUAGGAUGUUUUAACCUUGAUCCGAACAGAGUUUUGGAUAUUAUCCUAGAAGUCUACGAGUGCAGGCCUGAGUACGAUGACUUCUUUGUACCACUGAUAGAAUCUUACAUGUACAUGUGUGAACCUCAAACUCUAUGCCAUAUCCUUGGGUUCAAAUUCAAGUUUUAUCAGGAUCCAAGUGGUGAGACACCUUCCUCCUUAUACAGAGUUGCUGCUGUCCUUCUGCAACAUAAUCUCAUAGAUUUGGAAGAUCUUUAUGUUCAUCUUCUUCCAGGGGAUAAUACUAUUAUUGAGGAACACAAGCGAGAGAUAGUGGAAGCUAAGCAAAUUGUCAGAAAACUUACAAUGGUUGUCUUAUCCUCUGAAAAGACCGAGGAAAAGGAGAAGGAAAAAGAAAAAGAGGAGGAGAAAACUGAAAAGCCUCCUGAUAAUCAAAAGCUUGGUUUAUUGGAAGCUUUAUUAAAAAUUGGUGAUUGGCAGCAUGCACAAAGUAUUAUGGAUCAGAUGCCUCCGUUUUAUGCUACUUCACACAAGUCUAUUGCAAUUGCCCUUUGCCAGCUCGUACACGUGACGAUUGAACCUCUGUACCGCAGAGUUGGUGUACCUAAAGGAGCUAAAGGGUCACCAAUUUCUUCUUUGCCAAACAAGAGGGCACCAAAACAAGCAGACAGCUUCGAGGACUUGAGAAAGGAAGUGUUCAACAUGCUUUGUUACCUUGGUCCUCAUCUCUCCCAUGAUCCCAUUUUAUUUGCAAAAGUGGUGCGCCUUGGAAAAGCAUUUAUGAAAGAGUUUCAGUCUGAUGGAAGCAAACAAGAAGAUAAAGAGAAAAUGGAGAUACUGUUUAGCUGUUUGCUGAGUAUUACCGAUCAAGUCUUACUUCCAUCUCUUUCUUUGAUGGACUGCAAUGCAUGCAUGUCUGAAGAAUUAUGGGGAAUGUUCAAAACUUUUCCAUACCAGUACAGGUACCGUCUUUAUGGGCAGUGGAAGAACGAAACAUACAAUAGUCACCCACUUCUAGUGAAAGUGAAAGCUCAAACCAUAGACCGAGCCAAAUACAUCAUGAAACGUUUAACUAAGGAAAAUGUGAAACCCUCUGGAAGACAAAUUGGGAAGCUCAGCCACAGCAAUCCUACAAUUUUAUUUGAUUAUAUUUUAUCACAAAUACAAAAAUACGAUAACUUGAUAACUCCGGUGGUUGAUUCACUGAAAUACCUCACUUCGCUGAACUACGAUGUCUUGGCAUACUGUAUCAUUGAAGCUUUGGCAAACCCCGAGAAGGAGAGAAUGAAGCAUGAUGACACUACAAUCUCGAGCUGGCUGCAGAGUCUGGCUAGCUUCUGCGGUGCGGUUUUCCGAAAAUACCCAAUUGAACUUGCUGGUCUACUGCAAUAUGUCGCCAACCAACUGAAAGCUGGGAAGAGCUUUGAUUUGCUUAUUUUAAAAGAGGUAGUACAGAAAAUGGCAGGGAUAGAAAUUACAGAAGAAAUGACAAUGGAACAAUUGGAAGCCAUGACUGGUGGUGAACAACUGAAAGCUGAGGGUGGAUACUUUGGCCAAAUCAGGAAUACAAAAAAAUCUUCUCAGAGAUUAAAAGAUGCGUUAUUGGACCAUGAUCUUGCCCUUCCACUGUGCCUGCUUAUGGCUCAACAGAGAAAUGGUGUGAUCUUUCAAGAGGGAGGGGAAAAACAUCUGAAGCUGGUGGGAAAACUGUAUGAUCAGUGCCAUGACACCCUGGUACAGUUCGGUGGGUUUUUAGCAUCCAACCUCAGCACAGAGGAUUACAUUAAGCGAGUGCCUUCUAUUGAUGUUCUCUGUAACGAGUUUCACACACCUCAUGAUGCUGCAUUUUUCCUCUCGAGACCCAUGUAUGCGCACCAUAUUUCAUCAAAGUAUGACGAACUAAAAAAAGCUGAGAAGGGGAAUAAACAGCAGCACAAAGUUCACAAAUACAUUACAUCAUGUGAGCUGGUAAUGGCUCCUGUUCAUGAUGCUGUGAUUUCUCUGCACCUUCCCAAGGUGUGGGAUGACAUCAGUCCUCAGUUUUAUGCUACAUUCUGGUCUCUGACAAUGUAUGACCUUGCUGUCCCGCAUAGUAGCUAUGACAGAGAAGUCAAUAAACUUAAAGUCCAGAUGAAAGCCAUAGAUGACAAUCAGGAAAUGCCUCCAAAUAAAAAGAAAAAAGAAAAAGAACGUUGCACAGCUCUUCAGGACAAGCUCCUUGAAGAGGAGAAGAAGCAGUUGGAGCAUGUGCAGAGGGUUCUACAGAGACUGAAAUUAGAGAAGGAUAACUGGCUUCUGGCAAAGUCUACCAAAAAUGAGACUAUCACAAAAUUCUUGCAGUUAUGUAUAUUUCCUCGAUGCAUUUUUUCGGCAAUCGAUGCAGUUUAUUGUGCUCACUUUGUAGAACUGGUGCAUCAGCAGAAAACGCCCAACUUCUCCACGCUUCUCUGCUAUGACAGAGUUUUCUCUGAUAUUAUAUAUACGGUUGCAAGUUGCACAGAAAAUGAAGCUAGCAGAUACGGCAGGUUUUUAUGCUGUAUGCUGGAGACUGUGACUAGAUGGCACAGUGACAGGGUCAUAUAUGAAAAG